AUGAAUGAAAAAAAUAAAGAUGGACAAGAUGAAAAAAAUAAUAAUAAUAAUAAAGAAAAUACGUCCAUGAAUGUGAAGAGUGGAAAUAGUAUAUACCAGAAUAAAAAUGACAUGAAUAAUUAUUUAUAUAAUAAUAAUAUAAAUAUUAGUGGUAAUACUAAUAGUGGUUAUUUAAAUUAUCCUGGAAUUUAUAAUAAUAAUAAUAAUAGUAAUAAUAUGAAUCAUUUUAAUAAUUUGAAUGAUUUAAAUAAUAAUAGAUAUUAUGCUUCAAAUAAAAGUAGUGUUGUAUCUACUUAUCCAAAUAGUAAUAAUUAUUAUCAUAAUAAUAAAAGUGAUAGUUAUUACAAAAGUGUAAAUUAUAACACAGAUAAUAUAAAUUAUAUGAAUAUGUAUAAUAAUAAACAUAAUAUUAAUAGUAGUAAUAUAAAUAAUGUUAAUUCUAAUAGUAGUCAUAUUAAAGAUGAAGAACGUAAAUCAUCAUCUAUAAAUAAUAAUGAUUUAUCAUAUUAUAUAAAUAAUAAUAACAAUAAUAAUGAUAGUUAUGUAGAAUUAUAUAUUAAUAAAGUUAAAGAGAUAUAUUAUUUUCAUGUUUUUUAUCAUUAUAUAAAAUUAGGUUUCCCAGAAAAGGAGGCUGCUAUUGAAUCGAAGAAAUAUAUAUUUAUAACAUUAAGUAGAUAUUUUUUAUUAGUUAAAAAUGCUAUAUUAUCAUCACCUGAAUCUGUAAAACAAAUAAAUAAUUGUGUGUCAUCUAAUUUGAUGUAUUAUCAACAAAAAACGAAUUUACAAGAAUUUUUAUUACAACAACAAUCAGGUUUACAAAAUGUGAAUACACAGAAAAUUAAUAUAUAUGAACAAAUGAAUUUAAGUAAUUUGAAUAUAGCUAAUUUGAAUAUACCUUUAAAUGAUUCAGGUGAAUUGGUUGAUUUAUCAAAAGUAAAAACGGAUGAUAUGAAAAAUAGGGAAAACAUAAAAGAUAAUAAUAUGAACAUAACAAUUAAUAAUAAUAAUAAUAAUAGUAAUAAUAUUAAUAAUUUGCCAAGAUAUAUUAAAAAUAACACAUUUAAUAGUAAUACAAAUCCUUCAUGUAUUGUUAAUGAUAAUAUGCAAAGUGAAAAACAAAGUAAUAAUUACUAUAAUAUAAAACCUGAAAAAAUUAAUGAUAUGAUUGAUUCUAUUGAAGAAAUGAAAAAACUUAAUACUAAUAAAAAAGAAAGAAAAACAUUUUCUGAUUUUCCACCUGAACAAUUCAUGCAAAAUAAAAAUGAUUCAAAAGAAAACAUGAAUGAGGAUUCGAAAAAGAAAAUAAGUUUUACAUUAAAUAAAUCAAAGAAUAAAAUAUUCCAAACGUAUAAUCGUUAUUUAAAUAAUAAAAAUAAUAAGUCAAUAAGUGACGCUGUUAGUGAAGUGAGUGACUUGAGUGAUGAUAAUAAAAAUGAAAAGGGAAAAGAAAAGGUUAGGAAUAAUUUUGCUAAUGAUUUAUCUGAUCAAAAUAAUAUGAAUAAUAUAAAUAAUAUUGGUAAUAUGAAUAAUUAUAGAAAUGAUUAUAAUAACAUGCAUAUGAAUAAUACUCAAAAUAAUAAGGAUGAUAUAAAUAAUAAUUUGUAUAAAAAAGAUAAUAUACCUAAUAAUGAUGUUAUAAUGAAUUAUAGGGAAUCCAUAAAUAAUCAUAUGAAUGUAAAUAAUAAAUAUAAUUACCAUAACAAACAAAAUAAUAAUCAUAUGGAUAAUAAUAUGAAUAAUAAUAUGAAUAAUAAUAUGAAUAAUAACAUGAAUAAUAAUAUGAAUAAUAAUAUGAAUAAUAACAUAAUUAAUAAUCAAUUUUAUAAUAAUGUAAAUAGUUCAAUGGUUAAUAAUACAUAUGGAUUACCUAAAUAUAACAAAGAAGAUAUGAGUAGAAAUAUUAUGAACAAUAUGGGUGGUAUUUUUAGUAUGAAUUACGGAAAUAAUAACAAUAAUAACAAUAAUAAUAAUAAUAAUAACAAUAAUAAUAAUAAUAAUAAUAAUAUUUAUGAUGGUAAUAUUUCAAAUAGUAUUAAUACGGGCGAUAUUUAUGAUAAUAAGAAAUUCUUUCAUAUGAAGAAUAGUUAUAUGGAUGAAGGAAAUAUGAUGAAAUAUAGGAAAAACGAUCAAGAUGAUUUAAGUAAUUGUUAUCCGUAUGAUAAUAAUAGACAAAAAGAAAAAAAUAAUAAAUUAGGUGAAGAAGAUUUAGAAUAUAAUUCAGAUAAUUAUGAUAAAGAUGAUUAUUCAGAUGAAGAUGGUAAUUAUCUUUAUAAUAAUAAAGAUAUGGAUAAUAGGAAUAAACAAAAUAAUAAUAAUAAUAAUAAUAAUAAAAUGAAUAAAUUAUCUGAUAUACCAUUUUUUACAAAUAAUAAUGAUUCCAACGUUAAAUGUGAUAAUUUAAAAACAUAUAUAAAAAAUUUAAAUGAUCAUUUUAAAGAACAAUGUAAUAAAAAUAAAGAAUUCUCAAAGUGCUUAAGAAAUUUUAUAUCAAAAAUAUAUACAUUGAAGAGAAAAAAAAUUAUAAGAUCUCCAUUCUGGUUAAGUAAUGUGAUGCCAACUGAAGAAGAUGUAAUGGGAAUGGAUAUUUAUUUUUUUUCUCAUCAAAAAAGAACGAAAAGACGCAUGGGUAAUAACAUGGAUUUAGAUAGUGACAUGAUUGGAAGCAUUUUAAGUGAUAAAAAAAUGAAAUUAAGUCAAGAAGAAAUUGAAAAGAGAGAACGAAGAAGAGAGAAAUGUUUCGAUCUUAAUAGAAAUAAGAAAAAUAAUUUGAUUGAAAAUUCAUUUUAUAUUGAUACAAAUGGUGAAUGUGUAGAGAGGGGAAAUGAAGAUUUACGAAAUCUUGAAAGGCUUAUGGACAAAUAUAAUUUUGCUAAUUGUUAUAAGAAUAAAGAUUUUGUUGGAGAAUGUAAAAAUAUUCAAAAGUUUUUCUUUAGAUUAACAUCACUUCCGGAAAGAAAAAAUGUAAGAAGUUUUUCCGUUUUGAAGUGCACUUAUGCAUAUAUACUUUAUAAAUAUAACAUGGAUAAGAAUUAUAAAUAUAUAAAUGAACAAUUUAGAUCGUUGAGACAAGAUUUGAAUAUCCAGAAUAUAUUUCAUGAUGAUGUUGUGAAUAUAUAUGAAACGAAUAUCAGAAUAUGCAUAGUAAAUAAUGAUUUAUUUCAAUUUUUGCAAUGUAUUAAUAAAUUGUUUGAAUUAUACCAGCGACUUAAUAUAACCAAAUCGAAGGUUGAGUUUUUAUGCUAUAAGCUUAUUUACAUGACAUUGCAAAAUAUGCAUCAGGAAUUUCUUAUAGAAUAUUUAGCUUUAAGUGAUGAAGAAAAAAAUCACGAAAAUAUACAGUUAUGUUAUUAUUUGAAUGAAUGUAUAAAAAACAAAAUGUACUUAAUAAAUAUAAAUAUGGUAUCACCAUUAGAUGAUGAACAAAAUCAUGAAUAUAUAUAUUAUAGAAUAUUUGUGAAUAAUCAUAUAUUACAAUAUUUGCCUAUAUUAAUGUCAUUAAAUGAAAAUGUUGAUCUUAAUGUAAAUAUGGAUUCUCUUAUAUCCUUUGUAAAAAGUCAUGGUGAAAUGAAUAAUUUAGAAAGUAUUGAAAAAAAGAAAUGUAAUAUAGAAAAUAGUAAUCAAAUUAAAAUGCCAUAUUUAACUAAUUAUUUGAUUGUUUUAUUUUUGCCCAAAUAUAGAUUAUUGGCUCUUAUAAAUAUUUGCAAGACCAGCAUAAAGGUAAAUAUAUCCACGUUAACAAAAUUAUUAAAUUUUGAAAAUGAUGAAAAAUGUUUAACAUUUUUAAAUGAAGUGAAUACGAUUAUUAGUAAUAAUGAAGUGUUGAGUAAAUCGUCUCUAGUAAAUCUUAUGAAGUCACCUCUUUUGAAGAAUAAAUAUAUCAACCAUAUAAGAUAG